AUGGGCAAGAACAAGAGGUUGACGGGGAAAACGCCAAAACGACCAAAACACCCCGCGACGAAACUCUCGCGGCCAAGUGGUGUGGUGAAAGCGCAUUCGAAGCCCGCGAAGAAACAUGUGCAACACGCCCAUACCGCCCCGACAAUCCCUUUCCAGACCGACGAUCACAUCCUGCUAGUCGGCGAAGCGGACCUCUCUUUCUCUUCCGCGCUGCUCGCUCUCGGAUUUCCGCGUCUCACGCCUACGGUCUACGAGAGCUCCGAGGGGGAACUAUGUGAGAAAUAUCCAAGCGGUGAGGGGGUGGGGGGAGCGCGGGGGAAUAUCGAUGUGUUGAGGGAAGGAGGGGUUGUGGUGCGGUAUGGCGUUGAUGUGACGAGGAGGGGGUGGAUGAAGGGGGGGAUGAGGUGGGAGAGGGUGGUGUUUAAUUUUCCGCAUGUGGGGGGGAAGAGUACGGAUGUUAAUAGGCAGGUUAGGUAUAAUCAGGAGCUAUUAGUAUCCUUCUUCAAAUCUAGCAUCUCUCUCCUCUCGCCCACGCCCGGGUCAUCGAUCCUCGUUACGUUGUUUGAAGGCGAACCGUACACGCUCUGGAAUAUACGCGAUUUGGCACGGCAUAGCGGACUAGAAGUCCUGCGUAGUUUCCGGUUUCAGGCGGGGGCGUAUGAGGGGUAUAGACAUGCUAGGACGUUGGGCGUGGUUAAGGGGGGUGGUGGGUGGAAGGGGGAGGAUCGGCUGAGUCGGACGUAUGAGUUUGUUAGGAAGGGGGAGGGGGUGAAGCAGGGCACGGGGAAGAAGGCGGGUAGUGAUGAUGAGGAGGAUGAAAAUGAGAUGGGUGGUGAUGAAGGGCAGGGUGGGAGUGAAGCCGAGGAGGUGAUGGAUGAAGGCCAUGAAGGAAUGGUCGAAGAUGAGGAACAUGCAAGCGGCGCUGACGACGAAGAUAAAGAUGGUUGA